UUAAAAUUCUUCUGUUCCGGUAUAUUCUUUUGGUGUUUCUUCGUCUUCAUCACAAUCGCCUGGCACUUGGACCAAUAUUCAUGCUAGUUCACUACUCAGACACUGUUACUAUAUUUACUCCCCUUGAGUAUGACGCACACUCUACUUAGCACACUAUUAUUAGCAUACUCGUCAGGCACUUAGUCCACUCCAGUCACUCCUGUACCGGUUAUAUGGUAUAUAUUGCUGCUGCAGGGCCGCUGGACGGGCGCCACUGGUUCGAGCAGGAUGGUAACGCUGGGUAGCUCCCCGGUAGCAUUGUGGGGCCAGUAACCUAUGUAAUGUUCAAUUGCUUCCUUCGACUUGUAUAAUCCUAACCGGGAGGUGUGUGUGUGUGUGUGUGUUUCCCUGGAAGUUAGAAGUCAGUAAUUACGAAUCGCAAAUAAUGCUUUGGAAAAAUAUAAUUUGUAUAAGAUGUAGGCUAUGAAGAAAAACUAGGAUAAAAAUAGGUUUUGAUACAUAUUCACAAAUAACUCACUUUGUGGAGGAUGCAUUUUUAAGAUACUUAAUACUAAACACUUCUUCAUACUCACAUGAAGUAACACUGCCAAAGCGUAAAUGACAAAUUUCCUUAACCUACCGCCAUUACAAAAUUCAUAUAAAUAAAGUAAAACACGUUUCUACUAGAACUUACACAUUCCUACAAAAGCAAGUAAAUGUCUUUUGCUUAUUUUUUUUUUUUUUCCCACAUAUAUACUUUUUAUUAUAGAGCCCCAUAACCCUACACGAAUCUCUUUUAAUACAGCUGGUUUUCUAUCGUAAGUUCAGGGUAUACUCACCUAAAUUAAGAGUGCAUAACAUUUUGAUGUGCCACAACCUCCAUGUUUUUCUUUUGACUCCUAAGUGCAAACUUACCAUAGAGAAAAGAUAAGGGGAGAGGCUGUCGCCCAUACCGCUCUUCAGUGGAGGGUGAAGCCAGUCGGCAGAGCCUAUCUGGUGGCCGUGGGCAGAGUUAAGCAAGUCAACCCAAACAUUGAGUAAGUCAUGCGUUAAUCCUCCAUAAAAAUUUUCCUUUUUCCCUUAAUUCAUCCAUAUAUCAUGUGACUAGUAAAUACUAAUAUAAAUGAACGGAUACAGCAUGAAUUUCGCUGACAGAUUUGAGAGAGAAAAAAUCUGUUCUUUUAUCAUUUACAUUAUGAAAAGUAAAUGUUUAUCACUCCUUAACAAACAUCAUUUGUAAACCUUACUCAUUUAUCAUAUAUACUGGACUUCUAUUAAACCUUUCAUUAUAUGUAGAGUGGACAAACUUUUCAGUGCUAGGGCCGCAUUAAAAAAAAAUCACAAUCUUAUAAGGCCGCAUACUAUAUUAACCCAAAAUCAUUAAUAUUUGAAAUACAAAAUUAAAGGCUUCUACAGAAAAGCCCUUCUCACACGCAUGUGCACGCUUGCGGGAAGAAAAUUAAAUGCUCACAAUACUAUUUGAUGUUGUUUAUUUAUUAACUUGGUCUUUCAAAUUUUACUAACAUAAUUUUGUCAGGCCGUAUGAAACCCUUCGGCGGGCCAUAGUUUGCCCAUACCUGGUCUAUGAUAUACCAGGAAACAAAAUAUACACAGACGAGAAGAAGAAGAAGAAGAAUAAAAAAAAAAUAAUAAUAAUAUGAGGAUGGCGAACGACAACUUGGAGUUGGCUUAACAUACACAAUAUUUUCAGUGAUGCAAUACUAUUAGUUAAUGUUAGCAAGGCAGAAAAAUAGAGCACAAGAAACAUAAUUAAAUUUCAAGUAGCAUAAGUAGACUAUGAUACGCCUAACAUAUGCUUCAUGUGGCCUCAAAAUCGUAUAAUGUUUGGAGAUAACUGAGGAAAGAUGAGUUAUAGAGCAGUGAAACGGUUACAACUAUUUACUUAGGUCUUUGUGAUAUGUGAAAACAGAGUAGGAGGCGGCGGGUGACUCGCUAUGGCGGGUGAGUGAGGCAAUGAAGACUAGACUUAUCUGAAGAAGCAGUGACGCUGUGCCAGUCGGAGUGCGCGUGUCAUGGGAGCCGGGAGGGUGCGUGCCGGGUAUCAGUGUUGCUGUUGCUUGACUAGUAACACCACGGACAACGUUCUCCGUUGCAGGUUAUUCCGUCUCUUCUCUGGCCGGUCUCAGGACAGCCGCCAUGCUUCCACAAGUCAGGAGAGCAAGACACUGCUUCCCGAGUGCCAUGUGCGCAAUGCUGACGAUGCUGGUGCCCGUGAGCCUACAGAUAGAGAGCCGCUGGGGUGUGGAGUACCCUGUGGUGCCUUGGGAAGACAUGUGGCAGGAAAUGGAGAUGAUGGCGGUAGGGAAGAACUGUCCGACGGAAAUCUCCACGUGCUGGCACACCGCCAACGAAACCAUCGCCCAGGCGCUGGUGCCACAGGUGUGCAGGCCGUGUGCGUGUGACGAGGAGUGUGUGCGAUACGGCGACUGCUGCAGGGACAAGGCGCAGGCGGACUGGGGCGAUGGCCGGGAGGAGGGCACAGGCCGCUACAACUGCGGGAGACUCCGACCCUGGAUCAGGAAGGAGUUCACUAUGCAGGAGUUCAUGAGCAAGGCCGUCUACCGCCCUGGAGCUCUCUUGCUGGACCGCUUCGUAUACCAGAACGAGGAGGACGAACGGCGCAAUAUUCAUCGAGAGCAUCACACGUGCUCGAUAGAGAUGGCGGAGUUUACAGAGCCAGAGAAGUUUGCGGAGAAGUACGGCGGGCGGCUGUGUAUGUAUCCUAAGUCUGGGUGCCCACCUAACCUGCUGGGCAGAAAAGCGCACUGCAAGCAGCAGGUCCGGCACUGUCACCCUGAUUGGCCGGAGCCCCUGGACGUGGAGAAGUGCCACCGCUACUCCCAGCUGGUGCUGCACACGGUGGGCGGCAGCCGCACCACCCUCUACAAAAACCUUCACUGCGCGAAAUGCAACUUCGUCAACAUGUCGUCGGGCCAGUUCCGGUGUUUCGACGCUUACAAUUUGAAAAUGUGCGCUUCCCUUAACAUCUCCAGGUCCGUGAGCUUGCCACAGGUCUUCUCUGUGCUGAUGGAUUUCCGGAACACCUCUUGUGACGCGACAGACGAGUUGUGGGACCCCAUCCACCUCGCCUGCAGGAAGGUGUUCUGUGGACAGCUGUUCAAACUGGAAAAAGGUGUGUGCGUCAGAGAUCCAGCUGUCCUCGCUGUCUUACGGAAUUCCACGCUGCUGGAUGAUUCGUGUCGGAAGAUCAAGCUGUCAGAGUCGGAGUACAUACCGCGUGGUGACGGCUCAGUGUUUGUCAAUGCCACCAAGCGAGUGUACGAGCUGGGAGAGUACGAGAUGCUAAGUGAAGGGGAUGUACUCAUUUGUAACGACUACGACGACUACUUUGCAAGCUUCACGCUGCUACAUCAGCUGCUCACCCUCGUCACGAUGGUCAUCUCGUUGGUGGGUCUGGGCCUGCACAUCAUCAUCUACAUGCUGGUGCCUCGCUACAGGAACCUCCCCGGAAAGAACCUUUUCUGUCUCAGCUGUUGCCUCUUCCUGGCCUACCUCCUCUUCCUGACGGGGAUGAGAGCCACUGAAAACCGCGGACUAUGUGUCUUUAUCUCCUCUGCUCUUCACUUCUUCUGGCUGGCCGCCUUCUGUUGGAUGAACGUGAUGAGCGUGGACGUGUGCCGUACCUUCAACAGCCAAGUGUACCGCGGAGACCCGGCAGGAAACCGCACCUUUGUUUUAUACUCCCUCUAUGCUUGGAGUGUCCCUGCCUUGGUGGUUGCUCUCGCCCUCAUCUUUGAUUUCAUGGACAUCCUGCCAGACUACCGUCCUCGGUACGCCACAGAUCUCUGCUGGAUAAACAGUCGCUACGGUCUGGCUCUGUUCUUCCUCUUGCCUCAGGGCGCCAUCGUGCUGGAGAACACUUUGCUCUUCCUGGUGACCGCCCGGGGUAUUUACAAGCAGGUGCAGGCAGCCAAGUAUGCCAGUACUCGCUCCCAGAGUGUCAAGGGUGCCAGGAAUGAGAAGAAUGCCAGGGGGGAGCAGAAGACAGGCCCGAAGGAAGCUAUGCAGGGGCGUAGGAACAAGAAAGAUCGGACUCGUUUAAUCUUGUACGUGAAGCUAGCGUUGAUCCAGGGCGUGUCUUGGGUGACGGGAUUCAUUGCUGCCUUCUCCGAUCUGUCCUUCUGCUGGUACAUCUACACAGUCAUCAAUGGCUUGCAGGGAGCUUUCAUCUUCCUCGCGUUCGACAUGAAGAGAAAGGUGUGGGAGUCCGUGUGGGAGGCGCUGGUGGGGACGCCGUGGAGGAAGCGUAAGUCCUCCAAAGACACUCGCACCACUUCCAUGGGUAGGACCACCAACAACUCCAACAGUGAUUCAGAUGAAGGGCAUGAGCUUGACUCAACCUUAGCAGGCCCUUUGGUAGGACAGAAGGGUGUGGGGUGGCAGGCAGGGGUGGGCGUGGACUGGAGCAUCUCCACCAAACACUGCCCUCCUGCCCAGGCCUUUGACAGAGUCAGAAAGGUAGGCAUAGCAGGUUCCCAGAAGUCUAGCUCUGACCAGCCCGCAGGGCAGUGCCAAGCAGUCCUGGAGCCCAAGGCGUCCCCAAGCCAGCAGGUGAAGAAGACAGACUUGCGAGCACGAGUUGUGCGAGGAAACUUUGACGGGGAAGAUGCUGAGUCAAUCAAGCUGGCCUCCGAUGUCCCGCUGCUGCCCCAAGACCAAGCGUCCAGCCAGCCCAAGACAAACAAGCCUAACGUGCAGCGAGUGAUGAGUCUCCUCCAUCAGCUGCAGCAGCAGUCCCAGAGCUCAGUGGAUCUCCCAGACCUGGUACAGCAGCUCCUGAAGCGCAGCGGUGACUCCUUCAAGGGAACAGAUCAGAACCCAGGCACUCUCUCCAAGUGCAGGAGCUUUACUGAAGGGACCUGUCCUGAAAUCAAGGACGAGCAGCAGAGGGCUCUUGUUGCCCAGCUAAGGCAGAGCAUGGCGGCUGGGUCCUUCAGAGCAGAAAUGGGGAACCAUGGACCCCCCAAGACCUCUAGUGCCCAUCACCAGCCCAGCUCACUGAACCACACAGCCAACACCUCGUACAACAGCCUCUACACUCCCAGCAAGAGUCUGCCCCCUCAGAUGUCCGCAGACAACGGCCCUGCGAUCGCCUCUCCGCAGCUAAUUAAACGAUCACAGAACUCAUUUAAUCAUUUGCAAAGAACUCCUAAGUCACAGUGAUGCUUUCAAAAUUGUAACGUGGCGCUGGCAGCCAAUCAUGUAAAAUCCCAGGGGAAGGAAGUGCUCCGAAGAUAGGACCACUGAAUGGUGGCCGUCAGAAAAGAGGGAAUCCUCAGCACGUGUGGCAGGCAGUGCCGCACAUGCUUCACCAUAUUUUGUCACGUAAAACCUGCGCAGUAUUUUGGUGUGGGGGCCAGAGAAGAUAGAUAUAUAUUCUUGUGACUGACAUGGCAUUCAGUAGCAACUAUUUGUUCGUGUAACUGAUGUAUCUUGCUUGUGUAGAUGUACUGUAUACAUGUAAACAGGGAUUUUUUAUCCUGAAGAAAUAUUUACUGCUUCUCCAAAAUGUAAGUUUUACGGAUACGCACUCAUACAGUUAAGCACUAUUUUGUAGGAUACAAGUAUGACAUGUUAAAUCUCUUACCAUGUGUGUGUGUGUGUGUGUGUGUGUAUGUUUAAGAAAAGAUAUUUUAGCCGUUAAAGACGAACUGAAGUGAGUUCCUCACUGUGUUCCGCGAGUCACACUGUCACGCCAUUCAGCCAGAAGCAGCCCGCUGGCAUUACCCCGCUGCAGUGGUUGUCUAUAACAGUUUGGUGUCCGAUAUGUAAUUAUGCGUGACGGAAAAAAUGUACAUACUUUAGAUGUUUAUUUUAUAUACAGCAAUGAGAUGUGGAGGUAUCACGUAAAGGGAACGUUGUACUGGUAAUUCAACCACUCAUUCAGUGCUUCUGCUCGUUUGGAUGUAGGAUUUUUUUUUCUAUCAGGCAAUGAUUGGAUUGUAGGAUAGCUUUACCAUUCACACUAUUUCAUUCACGAACCUUUAGUCGUAUUAAAGUUACCACAUAAUCUGUGGUUCUGGCUGAAACGUAGACUUUUCUUGUCUAAAACGUCUUAUAGACGUUUACCCAAACACCAUUUUAUUCAUUUUUUUUUUUUUAUCAAAUGCAUAACCCUUCUAGGCAUCAGUAGGAGCCUUAAGAGUGCCAAGCAGAGGCAACAAAUGCAUCAUGAUAAUCGAGCAUUCCAGUUGAUAAUAAUUAAAAGUUAAUGCCAAAGCUCGCCAUCAAAAAUAAUAACGUACAGCCAUUAGUGAUAGUUCAUCCACUGCGUCAUGCAGCCAUCACGCGCCAAGUUGUGUUGGUAAACAGUGAUCAUUAUUGAUCGUCAUUCAAUAUUAAUAACACUUGAUUUGAGUCAUGAACAAUUCUUUGUCUUCUAAUCAAUUUGACUUCAUCCUUCCUUUCCGUGUAUCUUGUCUCCGUUACUUCUCUCCUUCAAUCAGGAUUGAAUAGUUGGAUAGUUUGUGGCAUCAAGAAUGGCUCUUAUAUGUACUGUAUGUUAAGAGAACGGCUCGUUUGUCUGUACUGAAUGUUGUGAAAAGUUAAGUCUAGGUUAGUUUUCCAGUUGUAUAUACACUUGUGUAUCCACUCUGGGAAUGAUCAGGUUUUACCAAAUACUGCUCACUUAAGUUUUCAUUGCGCAUGUCUAUUUCUUAACUUUUAUUUUAUUUUAUUCUUUUACUUCAGAUAUUCUUUCAUUCAAUAUGCUUUUCCUUACUAAAGAUACUUUGUUUCUCAGACUUUGGUUGGUGAAGUAAUUUCAUGAAUCAGUUAAGGACACGUGAACAUAAUUAAAUUGUACCGGCAAUCCAAUGUCUUGGUCCGCUGGUUAGCCAUGGGUAGUCAUCAUGUCUUUUCAGUCAUUAUGUUAAUUUUGUACCUCUACACAGAUCCUUAUUUAUUUAUAAUAUACCUGAUUAUUUGGACAGUGGUAAUGAUGUAAAGUCAAUUAGUUUCUCUCUCUCUCUCUCUCUCUCUUAAUAACAUAUUCAGCCAAAGAUACAGUGGUAACCCCAAGUAAUGUGACUUAUACUCAUGUAUAUAAACGAAUAUUCAGAAGCACAACCUUGUUUGAAUUUAUCCACGCCUUAAUGAACCUCUUU